AAACUUGUUUAAAUGGUUUAAACUUGUCGAUUGUAUCAAUAAAUGGACGAUUUUAAUUCAAUGUUGUGAUUAUUUCAUUUUGAAAACAUAGAAAUUGGAUCAAUAUAUUGGAAAGAUUACUAUUCCUUGCGAAUAACAGACAUGAUAGUUAGCUUCUAACACAACUUUUGUAUGUGGGUAACGAAUUUCAAGGCAGCAAAUUAUUUUACAAAUUAUCACGAUGGCAACUGCUGUAGCUAAUAUUCAGAAGAAAAAUGUUGGCUCCAAUAACACUGGAGGAGUACGCAAGAAGUCAGGACCUAAGUUUGAGUUGACAGACGAACAAAGAAGAGAUAUAAAAGAAGCAUUUGAUCUCUUUGACACAGAAAAUACAGGGAAAAUAGAUACUAAAGAAUUGAAGGUAGCUAUCAGAGCAUUAGGUUUUGAGCCGAAAAAAGAAGAAAUUAAAAAGAUGAUUGCAGAAAUAGAUAAGGGAGAUGGCAAGGUAUCCUUUGAAGAUUUCCAAGAGUUGAUGACUGUUAAGAUGGCAGAAAAGGAUACUAAAGAAGAGAUAAUGAAAGCAUUCAAACUUUUUGAUGAUGACGAAACUGGCAAGAUAUCAUUUAAAAAUCUGAAGAGAGUAGCUAAAGAGCUUGGUGAGAACCUCACAGAUGAAGAACUUCAUGAGAUGAUAGACGAGGCUGACAGAGAUGGUGAUGGGGAAAUCAAUCAGGAAGAAUUCUUACGCAUCAUGAAAAAAACAAGUCUCUAUUAGACAUUUACAGAUGCACUAUACUUACACUAUACUGUUGAUGUGUGUUCACUUACAUUUUAAAUAUUCUCAACUGCAACUGAAUGUUUUAGUGAUACACAGAAAUAUGCAAUUUUUUUAGAGUUUCACAAAAAAGUACCUGUUUGUUUGAAAAGACAAAAUAUUUACUACUCUGAUGAUUUUCACAGGGUGUCCAGGUUUUAAGUUCCUCAGUAUUAUCUGAAGCCCUUAUUAUUAUCAUCAUCUAAAUAUAUUUGAAUGUUUGGUGUAAUGUAGAUAGGUUGAAUAUACUGGUUAUUCCUGUUUCAACACCCCAAUUUUUAAUGUUUGGGCAUUUUUGUAUAACCUUCAUUUCCCUCUCAAUGUGUAUGUCAAUUUAUUGUUGUCAUAGAUAGAGAAUAGAAGCUUUAUGUCUUAAAUGUUAUGUCUUUCUAACAGCCAGUUUCUUCAUCAAAAGUUAAAGCUAAAUUAAUGUCUAAAGUAAAAGUAACAGUCAAGUACGUUUUUUCAAGGCUAAAGUGACAGCAAAACUAAUAGAAAAAUUGAAUUUGACCGUUACUUUUACUGUAGACAUUACUUUGACUUUUACUUUGGCUUUAACUUUUGAUGAAGAAACUGGCUGCAAGUCAUUCAUGUUAACACUAUUAAAAAGGGUCUGCGUUUUCAAAUCAAGCUGUUACAAUUCAUUGAGGAUACCUUCAAGACAGAAAUUCGCUUAUUAGAGCACAAAUUAUUAUUUUUAGUGUGGUUUGACAAAAUUGGUUUGUAUGCUUUAAGAUAUGGUUCUGACCACUGUAUUCUUUCAUAGUAAAUGUAAAAUUUCAUUUAACAAAUGAAUUACUAAAGUAAUGUGCUAAAUGAAAUAUGUUAUAGACAUGACCUUUUCAGUCCCCCUAAUCGAAAUUUAUUCUUAAUUGGUCUGGUUAAGAUAACAUAUUGUUGUAGGUGUUUAGUUUGAAUAGAUUUUAAAUCAACCUAUGAUAACUCAUAGUGCCAGCAAGCUAAAGGCAGAUUGCACAAUUUAAGUGUUUUGAAAUAAAAUUCUUGCUUGAUAUUUUUUGUAAAAAUGUGUACAGAAGAGUGGAAUAUUUAUUAAUAAGAACAAUGUAAAAAUGCAUUUAAGUUUUAUUAUAAUAGCAACUGUUUUACAUUCCCUAAAUAUAUGUAUAAUAAAACAUGUUCUUGGGCAUCUAUAUGAAUGUAAUGCUAUAAAAUAGAAGAUCUGAAUUAUAUAUCUGUUUAGAUCACACAGUUUAUUUACAAAAGACUUAUUGUUAAGCAAAUAAAAAAUCUGCCACAAGUUCUUGUUAAUUAACAAAAAUUUAGUUUUUAAGUGCAAGGCCUAAUACUAUGAUAAGUCUAUUUAACAUUUUAUUUUUUCUACCUCUUACACAGAUUUGUUUACUUUUAAACAAGUUAAAAUUUUAAUUUGCCAAAGUGUGUUUCUUAUUUGAUUAAAUCAAAGAAGUAUCA